ACCAGGAUGUCAGUACUGAGAGCAAUAGCAGUGUUUCUGUGUGGUUUCCUGUCCUUGAGGAUGUGCAAGGCGCAAGUGAUCUUCCCUGGCGCCUGCCCUGAUGUAGCGGCAAUGGCCGAUUUCAAUCCUAAUAGAUAUCUUGGCAAAUGGUAUGAAGCGGAGAAGUACUUCGCGUUGUUCGAGUUGGGUGGCAGAUGUGUCACAGCAGACUACAGUGAGAAAGAAAAUGGGGUGAUAGGUGUUGUCAACAAGCAGCUUAGUAGCUACACCGGAAUCCAGUCGGAGAUCCAGGGAGAAGCCAACCAGGUCAGUCGUUCUGACGAAGGCAAACUCUCAGUUCGUUUCCCGUCACUCCCUGUCAACUUCGCCGCUCCCUACUGGGUUGUUGACACUGAUUACGACAAUUUUGCUGUCGUCUGGAGCUGCUACGACUUCGGGAUCUUCCAUACCCGUAACGCAUGGAUCUUGACACGAGAAAGAAACCCACAGCUCUCUGUGAUGGAGAAAGCAUACCAGGCCUCUGACAGAAAUAACAUCAACCGAGCUUAUUUCAUGAGGACCGAUCAGAAAAACUGUCCUGAUAACUACGAGUGAUUCCAUCAUGAUGACCAUAUAUCAUCAUUAAAUGAGACGUAUGAUAUUUCAAAUUUUAAAAGGAGAAUUUGAUUAGGCUUUCUGUGAUGUUCUACAGGUAAAAAUAUGCAAAUUAGGUUGGUAACUUAUGCUUUAGAAAUCGAGAACUGAAAUUUGUUGGAAGACCUUUGUUUUCAAGAGGUAUAUAAUAUAAUCUCAAGAUAAGACACUGACGAAGCAGAAAGCAAUGGUGUAAAUAAUAAUUAUGACUACAUUUUCUGGUCAGCCAAUAUUAGAGCGCAUAGAGGAUUGCAUUUCAAAAUUAAAUUGACUGUCAAGCUAAUUCUAAUUUGAAGGUUGAAGAUGUCAAGUAUUAGUAUAUUUUAGAUGACCAGGUAGCAUCGAAAUCACACAUCAUGGUUAUUAAUAUUUAGUUCUACCAAUCAGUGUGAAAAUUAGAGGUAUCAAUCGAUUGGUUAUAAGAACUUACAUAAGUAUAUAAUUAAAGUAUGAAUAAUUGAUAGCUAAGCUAGCUAAAAAGGGCUAGUGUACUUAAUGUAUUUUAAUAAUAUUUACUUGCAUUUAUUAUUUUAAUAAUUUAAAUUAAUUCAUGGCCAUUUUCAUGACCUUUUUCGUAUUUAUUGUAUUGGAGCUUAUGAAAAUGGACGCGACUGUCUUAAUAAAGGACCUAGAUAAAUCUAAAUUGUAAUUUU